GUGGAGGGGACUCCUGGGGUGUGGUUCAAGGACAGAGGGACUAUAUGGUCCUGGCUAGACUUGAUGGGGGGCUGAUGGGAGAAACCCUUUACAGUUACCAGUGGGAAUACUAGGGACUGGGAUGUCCCAUGGUAAGCGUUUGCUCCCCUGGCUGGUCGGCUGCGGCUCUUCUUGCUUGGCCCCUGGUUCGCUUCCCGGUUUGGGCCAUCAGCUGGUUGGGGUGUUACCCGCACAAAAUUCUGUGUUACACACUCUAGGGCACCCACCUUUACCCAAUUUCUAGGGCUCAAGGUGUAAGCCUCUUAAUUUAGGCACCCACACCCACUGUUCCCUCUAAGCUGGGCGCGUUUGUGCACGCACACAGAUCCUAAACCCCACGCACACGGUGAAACACCGCGCGCACAGAAAUUUGCACAGAAGCACAACAGUUUGCACAGAAGAAACUUUUUGCGCACACGGCCUGUCAAAAAUUAGAGGGAACAUUGCCCCUACCCAUUCCCAGUUCCUAGGGCUCCAGAUGAAAAGCACCAAAUUUUACCCUUCCGUGGGCUCCAGGCUCUACUCCUCCAUGGGCUCUGGGCUAACGCCCUUUUCCCGCAGACUCAAAGCAAACACCCUUUCCCUGUGGACUCCGGGCUUAAUUUUUUGCAGGUUUACGGGGUCUUUUACCAGUGAAAGAGCCCUGCACAGUAAUAUCCUACGUAACCUCUAUUUAUUAACAAUCACCAAAAAGCAGACUGCACAUGCUACACCUGCAAUGCACACCACUCCCAAUAAGACAGGUGAACUUUUCUUGAUGGCCAGUCAGGAUCAGGUCCAUCUGGGGGACCCUAGUUUCUGCACGGUGUCAUUGGCAGGGUGUUGAGGUCUGCCAGCUCUGAUCUUGGGGCUGUGUCCUGGAGUUGGUUCCCCAAGAACUUUCUGUUGGACCCAAUUUAUAAAGUGAAACUCGAGCCCUGCUUAGCUCGACCUUAACCAAUCAAUAUACUAAAAUGUUACUAACCAAUCCUGACAAAAUUCUCUAACCAAUCCUACCCCACCACCUUAAUUAAUUUACACCUAGCAAAAUUAAUUAUACAACAGACAGAAAUAACCAAAGAACCAGGCAGAGCUCAUCCAGACAAACAAUAGGGAAGUGGGGACCAUAAUGACAAAACAGUAAAGAAAGGAGGAUUUCCUAACCACAACUAUUGAUAAGUGAUUUCUUGCCAGACAGAAUGCUAUCAAGCUAAGUUUUCUUUAACCAUCUUAAGAUCUGUUUCUUUAUCUGGUGAUAGUGGGGGCCAUGAGGACGGGGUGUCCUUCUUAACAGCUGGAUAUUACAUGGUUUUAAUGUAAGUUAGAUGGAAUGUGAAGAUGUGACUUCCUGCUUCCCCGCUGCUCUUUUAAUCUGGCUGCAGACGAAAGCUUUAGGCCUUGCAAUAUGGCUGCAGACAAAGGCCUUAUCCUUCCAGGGGCUUUUCUCCUUAGACAGGACUGGGGUCCUCCCAUGUGGUGGGGCUCCUGCCGUGCAGGUGGAAAGCAGAAAGAAUGAGAGACAAGAUGGAGGGUGGGGGCGGGGGGCAGAAAGCAACAGGACAAGGGGAAGGAAAAACCAUACAGGAUCCUCCGUGGCUUUGUGGUGCUGGAUGCCUUAGGAACCCUAACACGCGGAGGUGAACACCAGGAGCAAGGCAGCCGGGCUCCCUCUGGGGAUGAACAUCCCUUAAUCUGGUUUGCUGCCGGGGUCCUGGAAGCUGAGAUAAGGGGCGACGUCCAGGUUGGGGGAUAUAUGAGCUGGGGGACGAGAAUGAUUCUUUUGGUUUUUUCAGUGUCUCUUUUUAAGCAGCCCCCCAAAAAGGAGUACAAGUGGGGGAGAGUUUCUCCUCAUUAUUUUGGCCACCAAUUAAAUCCAUUUCCGGAAGGCUACAUUCGGCAUUGGUAACUUUGUUCCCACAUUUACUUGUUUGUUAAGUAUGACCUCACCACACUCAGUGGUUUGCAUGAGCAGGGCCCCUGCUGUCUGGACUGAUUCAAUUUUUGUCUGGUUUUUCUUGCACCUGUUCCUAACAUGGUGUGUUUAUUGAAAAACAGCUAGACUUCUAUUUCAUGGUUAAUUCUCUGCCAAGCAAACGGUCCUAGGUUAGUGUGACCUCUGAUAAACUUUCCCACACUUCUCACAAUUAAACUUACAAAUGUGGGACAUUUUUUAGGUCCAGUGAUCACAACAGACCCCAAAGAUACUUAAACUUAAUUCAAGAAGGUCUCCCAAGGAUAUGCAGCAUGUUGUCCCAAAUUCCACCCUCCUCCUGGAGUGAGGAAGAGAAACCAGGAGUCCUGGCCCCUCAAUACCCCCUGCUCUAACCCACUAGCCCCCACUCCCCUCCCAGAGCUGGGGAUAGAACCCAGGAGUCCUAGCGCUCAGCACCCCCAUUCUAACCCACUAGCCCCCACCUAAUUCAGGGUGGUUCAGAGCAGUGUGCUGGCCCUCUUGGUCUGGCCCCCUUGAUCCUGCCCUGUGCCCCCCUGGGGAUGACACGUCUCAUUUCCAUGCAAGCGGCAGAUCCAUGGCAGGCUGCCUGGUCUGUUUGGCACUCAUCCUCUGUCCUGCCCGCAAAGGAGUUUGCUAACCCCUGUCAAUACAGCAGGCAGUGGGGUGGGGGAACCCUGCAGCUGGAACCCUGAUCCCUCGCGUAUAAAAUGUCCUGUCUCUUCCCCACAAAGGGGCUUCCCUUCUGGCUCCACCAAAAUCCUGCUGUGGGUUGAACUGGUCAUGGGAUUUCCCCUUCACCUCCUGUUACCCCUCUGUGCCACCCCAGAGUCAUCUGCAUCUCAGGAGCGGCAAGCAAGCCCCAGGCACCGGUCCUGUGACCCUGCUACCGUACCCCAGAGGUGCUGAACUGGGUCUCUGAGCCCAUGGACCCUGCCCCAGGAUCCCUCCAGCCACCUUGAACCUGGGCCCUAUGCGUGCACAGCCCAGUGAGCUUGCUGCUGCCAGGGUGAAUAAACUCGGGUGGCUGCUCCCUGGCUGGUGCUCUCAGCGCCGGAGAUGAGAACCGUUUGGCUCCCGCAUCGGCAGAUCCCCCGCUCCUCGCGCUGCGCUGGGAGCCACAGAGCCAUGCCUGCAGCAGCGAGCCGGUCAGCUGCCGCGAUGCUGGGACUCCUCCCCGCGUUCCCCUGCCUGCUCCUCCUCUCCCUGCCAGGCCCCAAUGACGACGGCACCAUGGUGCUCACCACCAGCAGCCCCAUCCGGGGCAAGUGCCUCCCGGCCGGCUCCAGCACAGUGACGGCCUUCCUGGGCAUCCCCUAUGCUGAGCCCGCCAUGGGGGCCUUGCACUUCCAGACACUGUUUCCCCACCAGCCCUGGAGCCACAUCCUGGAGGCCACCGGCUUCAGCAACACCUGCUCCCAGCCUCUGCUUACUGGUUACCCUGAUGCCUAUACGUGGACGCCCAAAAUGCUGCAGUCUGAGGACUGCCUCUUCCUCAACAUCUGGGUGCCCAAUCCCCGGCCCCCUGCGCCGGCCCCCGUCCUCGUCUGGAUCCACAGCAGGGGGUUCUUCAUAGGUGCAGCCUCCGUGGAGCUCCAAGACUGCUGCUUCUUCGCUGCCACCGAGAACGUGAUCGUGGCCUCCAUGAACUACCCGGCUGGGGCACUGGGCUUCCUGUCCCUGCCCUUAGCUGCCCCGGGGAAUGCCGGCCUGUGGGACCAGUGCCUGGUGCUGUGCUGGCUGUGGGACAAUGGGGCCACCUUCGGUGGGAACUCGGCCUGUUUGAUACUCUUCGGCCAGAGCGCCGGGGCCUCCUCGGUCAGCUUCCAUCUCCUCUCGCCGGGGAGCCGGCCCCUCUUUGCCCAUGCCGGGCUGCCGAGUGGUGCCCAUGCCUUUCCCUGGGCCUGGAUUAGCCCAGAAGCGGCCAAGAAGAUAGGCCAGGCGCUGGGCCGUGAACUAGCCUGCCCCGAUUUCGAUGACACCGCCCUGGGGGGCUGCCUGCAGGGGAAGGAGCUGGGAGACUUUGGGAAACGCAUUAUGUCCAUGCCUGGGUCUGUGCCGACCGUCGACGGGGAUUUCCUUCCCGAUGAGCCACCGAGACUCUUGGAGGCUGGGCACAGCCAGCCUACACCCCUCCUGGCCGGCGUCACGGCUAACGAAGGCUCCUACAUAAUCAUUGGUGCCCGUAACUUCACCAGGGUGAACGCCAGCCACAUGAGCUGGGCGGAGCUGCUGGAGGUGCUGAGGGUGACAAUGCUGGGGCUGCCGUGGGAGGCCGUCCAGGCGGUGGCACAGGGGUACGGCCAGGAGAGGCAGGGCCCAGCAUGGUACCACCGCGCCAUGGCUCACGUUGUCAGUGACUAUCAUGUGGUGUGCCCCAUAGCCAAGCCGGCUGGGCAGAUGGCGGAGGCCGGCGGUCCCAUGUACGUCUACGGCUUCACCCGCCACCCCAGAGGCUUGUCUUCCCCCAAAUGGAUGGGGGUGCCACAUGGCUCUGAGGUGCCCUACCUGUUCGGGAUGCUGGCGUCCAUGGAGGGAGCCAACCACACGCACACGGAGGCUGAGGUGGCGCUGAGCCGCAGGAUGAUGCGCUACUGGGCAGAGCGGCAAAGAGUCCUGUGGCACCUUAUAGACUAACAGACGUAAUGGAGCAUGAGCGUUCGUGGGUGAAUACCCACUUCGUUGGUUGCAUACUGGGUAGAGUUUGCCAGGAGCGGGUAAGGGAACCCCUAAGAAGUUGCAACCCUGAGUGCCAGCCAGCUUGGAUCUCCUUGCACUUUCAGGUUCUCUCAUAGAUUCAUAGAUAUGAAGGUCAGAAGGGACCAUUAUGAACAUCUAGUCUGACCUGCACAACGCAGGCCACAGAAUCUCACCCGCCCACUCCUGCGAUAAACCUCUCACCUAUGUCUGAGCUAUUGAAGUCCUCAGAUCAUGGUUUAAAGACUUCAAGAAGCAGAGAAUCCUCCAGCAAACCCAUGUUCAAAUUUGGUGUCCCCAGGGCAGGUGGAAUCCAGUCCUACCAGCAAUAGAGUCAGUUAUUACUAGAUCAUGACACCCCUGUUUAGGCUAUUGCUUUUUCCCCAACCCCCUACAGCUAGCACUUGAAAUAAAACAACAAAGCUCCCCUCUGAAAUCGGACAUUGCCUUGGUCCUAACUAGCCAGGUUAGGGUGAGCCAUGCUCCCCACUCUCUAACAUCCACUGGUUCUCAGCCUUUCCACCCUAUUCAUGUCCCUGCGCUCACACAGCCAGUGCAAGACAGAUUGUGAGCAUGGAAGCUGGGGAAAUCCCCAGUUGUGCAGCUGGGAGGUACUGCAUGAUGCUUGGGAUGUCUAUGCAAAUUACACCCGCCAGCUGGUCCUGAGCCCCUCCCACUUCCCCAUCGGCGCCAGAGAACUGUAUUUCAGAUCAGCCUGGCAGCUGGCAUGAGAGUGCCAUUUCCCCACUUCACCACCAGAGGACAGCCUGCGACUUCAGCCCCGUGAAGAAACAUGUGGAGAGGUGGCCAUUUUGGAAGAGGGCAAAACUGGAUUGUUUGGCUCUUGAUCCUUCCUAGUUCGUGGGAAGCUCAGUGAGACCUGGCUGGAGACUGUGGGUAGUUGGGUAUGUCCCUGUCCCUCUCUGCUGCCGCCUGCUGGAGUGAAGGACCCCUGGUCGGGGCAUCCUCCUGUCUGCCUCCUUGUCGCUGGAAUUCAUUCCCUUUUCCCCCAUGCUGAUCAAUUGAUGCAUUUUCCCCCAGGAACCCCAUAGGGACAGGAGGCAGCAGGGAGCAGUGGCCUCUUUACAAUGCCAUGGAGAAGAAUUUUUUCUAUAUCGGAAUGGAGCCACCCCAGGUAGAGGGGAUGUCGCUUGUCCGUCUCUGUGGCUUCUUGACACCACUGGUCCCAGAUUAUCAGCAGCUCAAGGGUGCAUGUCACAAUUUGGGGCACAAUCCGGAGCAGUGAGGGGCUGUUCACCCUGUAACCCUGAGCGCCUGAGCCAGCCAGUCUCCCCAGCCUGGGGAUGGAUUGGCGCCGGUGCCCCCCAGAGGGAAAAGGAUCCUAUAAUAUGCUCCCAUAAGCCAGUUCCCACUCUCCAUAGAUAUGGGGGAUAUUCUGGCCUCCAGGCAAAACCUGGGGGGAGCCCUCCCAUCCCAGGGCCUCUAGAAUUCACAUGCCAUGGGCUGCCGCCUGACUCUAGGCCUGACUUUUUAGUGAUGGGACAGUAACCCCCCAUGCCUCUCUCUUAGCCCAGCCCAAAGGACCCUCUGAACCAGCAGGGGAGAGGGAACCUCCGGAGGACUGAGCACCAUGGAGAAACACAGGAUCUGCAGCAGGACAAGCCCAGACCCCCUCCUCCAUCUCAGCUAUGGGAGUUAGGCCCAGAUUCUCUUGGGCAUUUAGGUGCCGAGUGGGAGUUCGCUGCCUAAAUAGCUUUGAGGAUCUUGGCCUAACUCUCGCAGCUGGGUGUCCGUAACAUUUUUGUUGAAGUAAUUAUGGGCAGCCACUAGAUGGAGACAAGAUCCGGCCCACUCAUCCCUCUUCCUAGCUUCUCUACAGUGACACCUUUGUGUGCAGUAUAUAAACAGGCCACCAGAUGUCACUGUGGAGGGGGAGCGGUCCCCUGGUCAACAGUGGGGCUAAAGGAGGGUUGCGACUGCAUUUUCAAAUCCCCGCUUGCCAGGGCAUCGAGGUAAUAGCCAAAGUUAGCUGGCUCAAAGCCUUCCUUUGUCAGUGUAAUAAAUUUGACUACAACAGUGGUAACUCAUUGCUGCUUUACGAGCGCAUUAACGGCAUUAGCUCACAACACUCAGCUAAUUUUCUUUUUCGCAAGUGAAGCUCAUUACAGAUUUUAUUCAAAACAAAUCCAAGCAUAACUUAAGGGGUCAGCCCAAUGGUCCAGCUAGCCCAGUAUCCUCUCUUCGGACAGUGGCUGGCGCCAGAUGUGUCCGAAGGAAUGACAGAACAGGGCAAUUAUUGAGUGAUCCAUCCCCUGUUGGCCAAUCCCACCAUCUGGCAGUCAGAGGUUUAGGGGCACCUUGGGAGACAGGCCAGUCCUUGCCUACAGACAACCCCGCAACCUGAAGCAAAUACUCACCAACAACCACAUACCACACAACAGAACCACUAACCCAGGAACUUAUCCUUGCAACAAAGCCCGUUGCCAAUUGUGCCCACAUAUCUAUUCAGGGGACACCAUCACAGGGCCUAAUAACAUCAGCCACACUAUCAGAGGCUCAUUCACCUGCACAUCCACCAAUGUGAUAUAUGCCAUCAUGUGCCAGCAAUGCCCCUCUGCCAUGUACAUUGGUCAAACUGGACAGUCUCUACGUAAAAGAAUAAAUGGACACAAAUCAGAUGUCAAGAAUUCUAACAUUCAUAAACCAGUCGGAGAACACUUCAAUCUCUCUGGUCACGCAAUCACAGACAUGAAGGUCGCUAUCUUAAAACAAAAAAAACUUCAAAUCCAGACUCCAGCGAGAAACUGCUGAAUUGGAAUUCAUUUGCAAAUUGGAUACUAUUAAUUUAGGCUUAAAUAGAGACUGGGAGUGGCUAAGUCAUUAUGCAAGGUAGCCUGUUUCCUCUUGUUUUUUCCUACCCCCCCCCCCCCCCCCCCCCAGAUAUUCUGGUUUAACUUGGAUUUAAACUUGGAGAGUGGUCAGUUUAGAUGAGCUAUUACCAGCAGGAGAGUGAGUUUGUGUGUGUAUGGGGGUGGGGGGGAAGUGAGAAAACCUGGAUCUAUGCAGGAAAUAGC